UUGAAUUUAACAUUCUUUUAUUCCUGCAACCUGCUUUUUAUUCCUGUAACAUGCUGUUCGGUGCUCUCCUUUGAAUCUUGAUUGUCUGUGACGUACCUUAGCUCUUCCACAGCUCUCAUGGCUUCCAAUUCUGACGGGAACCUUCAAGUCCCAGCUUCAAUGGCCAACAACAAUCCUUCGGACCAAAUCAUUUACCUUCACGGAGACCUUGAUUUGAAGAUUCUCGGAGCUCGAAGCUUACCAAACAUGGAUUUACUCUUCGAGCGUUGCCGUCGUUGCUUUACCGUUUGCGGCACCUGCCUACAUCCGGCUGCCCCUAAGCAGCCCCGGGACCAGGAACACCGGAAAAUGAUCACAAGCGAUUCUUAUGUUACUGUUUCUCUCUCCGGAGCUACGGUCGCCCGUACCCGAGUUAUUCCAAAUUCUGAAAACCCUCAGUGGAACGAAGAGUUUAACAUCCCCCUCGCCCAUCCCGCUGCUCAUGUCGAGUUCCAUGUCAAGGAUAACGAUAUGUUUGGUGCUCAGGUUAUCGGAGUUGUUUCCAUUCCUGCUCAGAGGAUCAAGUCCGGAGAGCUCAUUAGUGAAUGGUUUUCGGUGAUUGGACCGUCCGGGAAGCCGCCGAAGCCCAAUUCGGCUCUCAACCUCGAGAUGAAAUUUACCCCCAUAGAGAGUAAUCCUUUGUAUCGCCACGGCAUUGCAGCGGACCCGAAACAUUUGGGUGUUCGAGACACUUACUUUCCUGUCAGGAAAGGAGGAUCUGUGACGCUUUACCAGGACGCACAUGUUCCCGACGGGAUGCUUCCCGAGAUUAAAUUGGAGAACGGAGAAGUCUUCCGUCACAACAAAUGCUGGGGAGAUAUUUGUCAUGCGAUAUUGGAAGCUCAUCACUUGGUCUAUAUCGUAGGUUGGUCUGUUUACCAUAAGGUGAAGCUGGUCAGAGAGUCCACCCGGCCGUUGCCGAGCGGUGGGGAUCUGACUCUGGGUGAGCUGCUUAAGUACAAGUCGCAAGAAGGGGUACGGGUGCUGCUUCUGCUUUGGGAUGAUAAGACUUCUCACAGUAAUAUCCUCAUCAAUACGGCUGGAGUUAUGGAAACUCAUGAUGAAGAAACUAGGAAAUUUUUCAAGCAUUCAUCUGUUAUUUGUGUGCUGGCCCCUCGUUAUGCCAGCAGUAAGCUUAGCAUUGUCAAGCAACAGGUUGUUGGGACCCUUUUUACACAUCAUCAGAAAUGUGUUCUGGUGGAUACACAGGCAUCUGGAAAUAACCGAAAGAUAACUGCUUUUAUAGGAGGUCUUGAUCUUUGUGUUGGUCGCUAUGACACACCUGAGCAUCGACUGUUUAGUGAUCUUGACACUGUGUUUCGGGAUGAUUAUCAUAACCCAACAUUUCCUGCAGAAACUAAGGGUCCAAGGCAACCAUGGCAUGAUUUGCACUGCAAAAUUGAAGGCCCUGCUGCAUAUGAUGUGCUUAAAAACUUUGAGCAGCGCUGGAGGAAAGCAACAAAAUGGACAGAAUUUGGAAAACGUUUCAAAAGGGUUUCUCGUUGGGAUGAUGAUGCUUUGAUAAAAUUGGAAAGAAUUUCGUGGAUACUUAGCCCAUCCCCAUAUAUUGCAAACGAUGAUCCUAUCUUGUGGGUUUCUAAGGAAGGUGAUGCUGAAAACUGGCAUGUUCAGGUUUUUCGAUCUAUUGACUCUGGAUCGGUAAAAGGGUUUCCUACCAAAGAUGUUCAAUUAGCUCAUGACCAGAAACUUAUCUGUGAGAAAAACUUGGUGAUAGAUAAGAGCAUUCAAACAGGAUAUGUCCAAGCAAUCAGAUCUGCCCAGCACUUUAUAUAUAUUGAAAAUCAAUAUUUUCUUGGAUCAUCAUAUGGAUGGCCAUCUUACAAAAAUGCAGGUGCUGAUAAUCUAAUACCAAUGGAGUUGGCACUGAAAAUUGCUAGCAAAAUAAGAGUUAAGGAGAGAUUUGCAGUGUAUAUUGUAAUACCAAUGUGGCCUGAGGGUUUCCCUACUGAUGCAUCUGUGCAAGAAAUUCUCUAUUGGCAGGGUCAGACAAUGCAAAUGAUGUAUGAAGUUGUUGCUAAGGAACUAAAAUCCAUGCAGCUUGAGAAUUCAUAUCCUCAAGACUACCUGAAUUUCUAUUGUCUGGGUAAUAGGGAACAAAUACCUAAGGACAUACCUGAAUCAAUUAGUUCAUCCACUAAUGGUGGUGCGGCAUCAGCUGCCCAAAAAAACAGGCGAUUUAUGAUUUAUGUACAUGCCAAGGGAAUGAUAGUAGAUGACGAAUAUGUCAUUUUAGGGUCAGCCAAUAUCAACGAACGAUCUAUGUCUGGUGCAAGGGACACUGAGAUAGCUAUGGGUGCAUAUCAGCCCCAUCACACAUGGGCUGUGAAGAAGAAACACCCACAUGGCCAGGUAUAUGGAUAUAGGAUGUCCUUGUGGGCAGAGCACCUUGGUGUGGUCAAUGAAAGCUUCUUGGAGCCUCAGAGAUUGGAAUGUGUAAGGACAGUGAAUGGUAUAGCUGAGGAUAACUGGAAGAAGUUCACAGCUGAGGAGGUGACACCAUUGUGUGGCCACCUUCUCAAGUAUCCGAUCCUGGUGGAAGCUGAUGGGAAGGUAAGCCCUUUGCCUGGACAUGAAAAUUUCCCAGAUGUUGGUGGCAAGGUACUCGGUAGCUACACAUCUCUUCCGGAUGCUCUAACCACAUAGCUCCAGCCAUUCCCUCCUUGAUGAAGGGAAGGGACUUCUAAAGUCAGUAACUCGUCACAGAGAGACGAGAGUUAAGACCGAUGUGCCAUCUUGUAGUCAUACUUUUGUACUUGUACAGAAGAAUAAGUUAACUUCUAUCUUUCUUUUAUUACCUUCCUCUGUAAUUUGUAAUAUGACUAAUCAAGAGCACCAAGAAUUCUAAAUUUCAGGAAUUAAUAAACAGAGAGAGGCAAAGAAGCUGUUCUUGAAA